AUGUCAGCAGAACAGGAAGGAAAUACCGGGAGGGCCGGGUAUCAACCUUCAAGGAGACUAGCUCAUGUUUCUGAAGGAGAUGUCACCAACAAAGAGGGCUAUUUCCAACGGGAUCUACUCGGCUUCGUCCCAGGGGUUCCCCAACAACUAAUCUACCGCGACGCGUUGGGCCGCAAUCGCCUCGUAUCCAUUCAAGAGGCCGUGAAAUCGGCGCGAGACGAAAACAACCUCACUGAGGCUCUCUACCUCUCACGAUUUCUCUCACCGUCCGCGUUGGUAGCGGAAGAGGUACUCCGUCGUCGCCGUGACCGAGCCAUCGAGGAAGCCCUGAACGCCGAGCCGCGACGAGAUGCCAGGCGGCGGGAGGCAGAGUGGGGUUUCGCGCUUGACCCGGGCAAGCAUGGAAUUGGCGACGUGGACGCAACAAAAGUGCAAUCUCCUACAUCACGUAACGCGGGAGUCCCUGCGUGGUGGAGAACAGUACAUGCCGCGUCGUUGGGAGAAACUGCCCGGCCUGAACGUGUAGCAGGUAUCUGGCCGAGCUGGCCCAAGAACUCGCCGGCAGACAGCGUUGGGGAUCAGUCACAUGGCACUAAGAAUAUCUGGAAUGACACCAUACUGCAUCAAGGUCGAGAGAGCCAAAAGACUUCGACUGCCCAGCCGGAGAUGGCAGCGCGGGAUGGCCCAAGCACAAAUGCUAUUAAUUCAGCCCUUGGGCACCACGAAACGAUACCAGUGUUGCCGAGUGAGCCAUCAUCGGCAGUGCAACCGCAGCUGCACGGACGGCCGUCGCAAGCCAGCCUCAGGACGAGGGGGAGCUUCAGCAGCUACGCAUCGACAAUCAGUCUAACCCACGUGGAUGCGCACUCGAAUAUGCUAGACUGCGACGCCAUGGGCGGCUUUUUCGUUAUUCAGCAACAGUUUCGGGAGCAGCAGCAGCAGCAGCCGCAGGAUUACAAUGGUGAUGAGAGCGACGACGAUCAAGAACCGUUUGGUACGAGAGCGGGCAUCUUUCGACCGCUGGGGCGCGAUCAUCACCCAAACAUGACGAGAAGGCACUCGCGCGAGUGCAAGGAAAAGUGCAGAAAUAACAUGGUAGAAAAAGCGGCGGCGGUGUUGGAUGAUGAGCAGGACGAUUACGUGAUUGUGGAAAAGCCAAGGGAACCGUUGGAAGGGGCGUAA